GUCUCUCUCUUCAUUUCAGAGGAACUAAAUUCAGAAAACUUGGGUGAAAUUACUCUGUUGUCAAAACUUCAUAAUGACCUCACUAACAAGCUGGAUGCCAGUCCUAAUGACGUUUCUUCUUCUCUUACAUUUCUGGAGAGCAAAGGUCUAUGCUUCUGGAGAUUCAGAGGAAAUAGAUUUCACGUAUCUUAUUAUAGGAGUUACUCUGGGAGCCUUUCUAGCAAUUGGUUUUAUAGCAGUAAUAAUUUGCAUGAUCAAAAAACAAAUGCUUGACCAUGUCUUCAGAGGUCAAACAUGGGAUCAAGCCAGAACAGAGAUGACACCAACACACCAGAACAGCAAAGUACAAAUAGGCAAUAAUCUUUUUGCCAUUGACAGUUACCUGGUCUGAGAAUCAAUGGAUGUCUCUUGCAUACAAACAAGAAUCUCACUAGCAGUAUUUCCUUUCUUUGUUCUUUAGCUGAAAGACCAAUUGAUUGACUGAUGACAGGAAGACCUUACAGUGCAUGCUAACUUCCAUCACCUGCACCACAAAGCCUGCAAUCCCCAGCAGUAUGCACAAAGAGGAAAUGUAUGAGGAAAAUAAACAAGAUGAGCUCUGCUCAUUAGCAGAUCCUGUUUAGUCUGUGACAAGUGUAUGAUUGAUUUCUAAAAUCAAUUAAAUACAGGGUAAAUGAAACGCUAGCAAUACAUUUCAGCUGCAAAAUUCAUAGUUGUGCUCACAUUUCAAGUGAGGUUGAAUUAACUUAAAACUCAUUCAUUUGAGGUUGAAGUAAGAUGGGAAAAAUGAUUUGUGUUAAUUUGAAAACAUUUCAUUCACACUAAAGUUAUAUUUUUUAACUUUAGGAUCAAUAUCUUUUGUUUAACUUUUGAUGGCCAUGUUAAUUACAGUUAUUUUAAAUGAAUUGUGGUCAAUUACAAACAAAGGUUUUUCAUAUUUUGCUUUUAGAAAAUUGAAAUUAAGAUAUUGGUGUAUACCCAAAAUAAAAACUUUCUGGACAUCUGAAAUGAAAUGUUCCAUUUCAACUUUCUACAAACAAGCCAAUCUACCACUUCCAAAAUCCACCCAUCUUCAUUUCUUUCAGUAUAAAACAAUGCACUAAAUUCAAUCUGAAUUCUCCUGAAUAAUAUAUAUCCUGAAUAAUUUCAGUCUCCCAUCCCCUUCAUUCUUGGUCUAGCCUUGUAUAUUCUGUUCAAUUUAUUUCCACCAGCUCUGUGUUACUUGGUUCUAGUUACAGCCUUCUUACAAAUGACAAGAAAAAAGAAUGGCAACAGUUACUCAACUCCAGCUUGGAAAAUCUGUAUUUUAUUAAAAAGUGUGACUUGAAAAACUCAUGGAUACCAGGUACCCCCACCUAGUAAUUAACUUCCAGGCUGUGAACAGCUACAAUCAGCCCUAUGUGUUAUAGGCAGAGCUGAUACCCUGAGUCAGGGCCUUGGAGUCAAAAGUGUCAGAGCAGAAAUAUCAAAAUUAUGUUUCUAUGAGGAAGAUAUUGUACUAAAUACUAAUUGAAACUGAAGUGAUCUGGAUGUGUUUUUGUUCUGGCCAUAGAGAGUCAGGUAAUUUUUCCAAAUGUACCAAGGAAACCCUAUUACUCAGAUUGUAAUUUUUAGCAUGUUUUGAACAAGAAAAUGUAAGUUUUAUUUCAGAGAAAAGUGAUAUAUUGGAAUAAUUUCCCUGGAUUCCCUAGGUAUCUGUUACGCACUUCAGUACCAGUGCAGUUCAUUAGUAGCAUUUGCUAAUGGAUAAGCUAAAGCAGUAAUGUGAUACUUGCAAGUAAUUGUGUGUAUGUACAUGUGUAAGUGAAUAAACCAUCUUGUAAGGUA